AUGCGGAUGAUGCGCCCGCCUCGCACUUUGAAGACUGGUUCGGCUUCCUUGGAACCUCCAGAGCCUCAGGAUCCACAUCCAGACGCGUCCAUCACAAGCCUCUUCCAGCGGACGGGCUCUUCUGCGGAGAGCGUUAAUCCGGGCCUGGACAAGUACCUCAAAAACCUGGAUGCAGCCAGCAUUGAGACCUUCAAGUUGGUGGAAGAUCUGCAGAUCGUCAUUCCUGAGUUGCAUCCGGAGCACAGUCCCCAUGUGGUUUUUGAGCAGUCGGCAGAGCGGGAGAGGGCCGAGUCCUCAUGCAUCAGCAUAGUGGCGCUCUUCAAGAAUCGCUACGAUAUCUUCACCCACCCCCAGGUUCCUCAUGCGAGGCUGGACGAAGGCCAGUGGUCUGAGAUGCAAGGGCUGAUGAGUUGGAUCGACCCAGAUGUCGAACAGAUGCAGGCUGUGUUGGUGCUCUUAGCCAUUCGCGCGCUCGGCAAGUCGAAAGCCGUCUUACAGCAAAUGCCAGCCUAUAUGAGGCGCCCGGAGAAGGCCGUGCUGCAGCUUGUGGGCAGUGAACAAAACGUGGUGCCCUCUGUGAGGUGGCUAACAGAGGGUGGGGGGCGCUUCCUGGAGAAUGCGCUGGAAAUUCACCAGCUCUUCAAUCUCGCCCAAAUGCUGCAAGGUGAGAACCUUCCGGCAAAUAUAGCGCAACUGCGGAAGUGCAUUGACGAGAAGAGUGAAGAGCAAUUCCGCUUCUACAUCCUUUUCUUGCUCGGCUUCAUGAGCGGCAUUGCUGCAGGAGCGGGCUCCCGGUUCAUGCAUUCUAAGAAUGCGGCUUCUGUCAUCAGUGGCAUUCGCUUGCUGAAAAGGCUCAUGGAGUGCUCUCCAGUUGCCAUCUACUGGGGCUACUUACAGGAAAGAGCCCAUAAGCUGCACAUGAGCUUUUGCUCCGUGGAGGACCUUGUGCUGGUUCGGCUAUCAUGCCUGGCACGAGUGCAGGAUGAGAAAGACUACUUGCAGCUUCGCGCGUCCUGGGAUGCGCUGAAAGCCCGAGAACGGGCAGUCUUGACAGAGCACUUCCUAGCUGAUGGUAUUCAGGAGCAGGCCUUCAUGCUUGAGUUCCUACCCAAUUGCGUUGCCAAUGCCAAGGCCAACAGCACAGUUGGCUUUGCUGGUCUACUUGGCGUUUUGGUAGAUUUGCUGAACAACCUGCGCCUGAGCGUGGAUUCCAUGCCAGAUGCUGAUCAGGUCAUUCCGGUUGACCUCUCCGAAAUGGCAGAUUUCAUCGCAGUCGUUCAGAACAGGUUCGUUUUCUUGACUUGCAUCUCCAGAUGUCGGCUACAGUUCGUUGGCCAGAGAGUUUUCCUGAAGAUGACCGGAGGUAACUGGGGCCGAACCGCUGAUGCGGACUCGGACAUGACCAGCCUUGCCUACACUUUGCAG